CUAACACAAGCUUUUUUUUAUUUAUUUUUUUCUCACUUUCUCUCUCUCUCUCUCUCUCUCCACACAUUUGAGGAGAAGGAGUUCUCUAACACAUUGCUCUCCUUUAUCUCUCUCAACAGUAGUGAGUGAAUGAGUUAAGUAAGUGAGUUUAGAGAGUGAGUCAGUGCUCUUUUCUUCCACUCUGCUAAAGCAAAGGUCCCCUCCAAAGUUCUGAUCUUUGAGACUCUCUCUGUGAGCAUCUGGGUCUUUGUGGGGUUCCUGGAUCCAAAGAGAUAUUACCCUGCUAUGAUGGACUUGGAAAUGAAAAUAAUUGUUACUGUAAAUGGUGGGAGUUAUGUGGUGAGAUUGGGUGCUGAGUGAUGGAUAUAUUCAAUCGGAUCUGUCUAAUAAGUUCCCAUUAUGUCGAUGGCCUCAAAAUCCAGUACCAGAACUUCUCCAGAGAAGCAGAGAAAAUUAAUUGGUAGUCAAACAGUAGAAGGAAACUUUCGUAGGCCUGCACCCUUGCAGAUUACAAAGACAAGCAAAUCAGAGCCGGUUACUCCAAGAAAAUUACCAAAGGGUGUCCAAGAAAUCACAUCGAAGCAGGUUCCUGUAGAAACCAUUACAGAAAAAGGAUCACUGAGUUCUCAUCAAAAGGAGUCCAACAACUCUUUAGCUAAAAAAUUAGAUUCAAGUUUAUCGUUAAGUGAUCCAAAACAAGUGCCAGCUAAUGUAAGACCUGCGGUGAAGGAGACUAAGGGUUCACUAGAAGGUGGGGCUGAUCAAGAAAAGAAGACAUUGGAGCACGGACUUAGCCCGGCUUCAGCUAAAGUCAGUGAUGGAACUAGCAGUCUUGGGAAGACUAGUGGGAGUGCCAAAAUUAGUGACCGUGUAGAUUACGUCGAGAGUGGGAAAAGCAGCAUCUGUAGAGGUAGCACAAGCAGUGAUGUGAGUGAUGAAAGCACUUGCAGCAGCUUAAGUAGCACUAUUAACAAACCUCACAAGGCAAAUGACAUACGAUGGGAAGCCAUACAGGCUGUCCGAGCAAAAGAUGGCGUGUUGGGUUUGAACCAUUUUAGACUUCUAAAGAAGUUAGGUUGUGGAGAUAUUGGAAGUGUCCAUCUUUCUGAGUUGAGUGGAACAAAAUGUUAUUUUGCAAUGAAGGUUAUGGACAAAGCAUCUUUAGCAAGCCGUAAAAAACUGCUUCGGGCUCAGACAGAAAGAGAGAUACUACAGUCUUUAGACCAUCCCUUCCUCCCGACCUUGUAUACCCAUUUUGAGACGGAAAAGUUUUCUUGUUUGGUGAUGGAGUUCUGCCCUGGAGGUGACUUGCACACACUUCGGCAGAGGCAACCAGGGAAGCAUUUUUCUGAACAAGCAGUAAAGUUCUAUGUAGCUGAGGUUCUCCUUGCUUUGGAGUAUCUACACAUGCUUGGAAUAGUUUAUCGUGACCUCAAGCCAGAAAAUGUCCUUGUGAGAGAAGAUGGACACAUUAUGCUUUCUGAUUUUGACCUUUCCCUCCGCUGUGCUGUAAGCCCAACAUUAGUCAAGUCUUCUGCACUUGAUUCUGAACCCUUGCGCAAAAACACAGUUUACUGUGUCCAACCAGCUUGCAUUGAACCCUCCUGUAUCCAACCAUCUUGUGUGGUGCCUACAACAUGUUUCGGGCCUCGUUUAUUUUCAAGCAAAUCCAAGAAAGAACGAAAACCCAAGAAUGAAAUGGGAAACCAAGUCAGCCCAUUGCCAGAGCUUAUUGCCGAGCCAACCAAUGCUCGCUCAAUGUCAUUUGUUGGAACCCACGAGUACUUGGCACCUGAAAUUAUCAAAGGUGAAGGGCAUGGUAGUGCUGUUGAUUGGUGGACUUUUGGGAUCUUUCUCUAUGAGCUCUUGUUUGGCAAGACUCCUUUCAAGGGAUCAGGGAAUCGGGCCACCUUGUUCAAUGUUGUAGGUCAACCACUACGAUUCCCAGAGUCACCAGUGGUGAGCUUUUCGGCAAGAGACUUGAUAAGAGGCUUGCUAGUGAAAGAACCACAGCAUAGGUUGGCAUAUAAACGUGGAGCAACAGAGAUUAAACAGCAUCCCUUUUUUGAAGGCGUAAACUGGGCUUUGAUUCGUUGUGCUAGCCCACCAGAGAUUCCAAAGCCAGUCGAGAUUGAGCAAAUUCCAGGCCCUAUGGCAUCAACUAGUGACAAAGCUGCUCCUGCUGGUUACCCUGAUCAAAAUUAUUUAGAAUUUGAUUUCUUUUAAUUAUUUUCAGAACCAAUCUUGCUUCUUCUUCUUCUUCUUCUUCUUCUUCUUUCCCUUAUUUUUUUUCUUCCCUUUUUGCUUGAGAAAGAUGUAGAGUUUCUUAAUUGCUGAUUAUGUGAAAAUUAGGGUUUUUUAUAUCGAUAACGACAAUAUGUUUGAUGUUUUUAUGAAUCAUUUUCAAAUUUGUGUUGCAGAAA